AUGUCGAGCUCGACGCUUGGACAAGCGUCACACGGCCCGCAUCUCCCGCCUACGGAUGAAGCAAACCACAAACACCCUAAAUUUCCUCAAUCACAGAACAAUGAAGCGACCGCUAUGCCAACUUGCGGGGAGGACCAAAAGCACGGGAUGUCACCAGAGAUGGACAAAGAUGAACAGCCCGCACUGCCACAACCACAUGGGAAGCCGCCCAGCCGAGUAUCGCCGGUUUUCCUCCAAGCGUCAACGCCUGGCGACUCCAGAGAUGAAAGCACUUUCUCGCAUCUCACGCGUAGGAUGCACAAGUUCAGUCUCUACGAGACGGCAAGCCGUUAUUACGUUGUUGGCGUUGACGUUAGCGAGAAGAGAUACCGUAUUCUGAAAAUUGACCGAACAACUGAGGUAGCAGAGCUCAAUAUGACAGAUGACAAGAUUGCCUACAGUCUAAAGGAAAUAAACCAGCUCUUGGAUACGAUUGAUGAUGGUAAUAGGGGGACCGGCGGCAUCAAACUACGAUGUACAACUUGGGGCAUUCUUGGAUUCAUCAAAUUUACGGGUCCGUACUACAUGCUCCUUAUCACCAAGAAGAGUACCGUGGCCAUGGUAGGAGGGCAUUAUAUAUAUCAAGUUGAGGGUACAGAACUAAUCCCUUUGACGCCUGGCAAGUCGAAAGCGGACUCCCGCAACACAGAGGAGCAGAGGUUUCUCAGUAUUCUGAACAAUUUAGACUUAACCAAGUCUUUCUACUACAGUUAUUCAUAUGACAUAACAAGAACCCUCCAGCACAAUAUAAUCAGAGAAAGGACGGCACUGGGCAAAGGCCAAAUGCCAUCUUCGGACGAUGACUUCAAUAGCAUGUUCAUCUGGAACUCUUAUUUACUUGAGCCUGCUGUUAAAGGGCUACAUACAGCCUAUGACUGGUGCAGACCAAUAAUACACGGCUAUGUCGAUCAAGCAGCCCUUUCUAUAUACGGCCGAACAGCCCACAUUACUGUUAUUGCUAGGCGAUCUAGAUACUUUGCCGGGGCUCGGUUUCUCAAACGUGGCGCAAAUGAUCUGGGCUACGUAGCCAACGACGUAGAGACUGAGCAGAUAGUUUCUGAGUCUCUCACGACAUCCUUCCAUUCUCCAGGGCCACAACUUUACUGUAGCCCGCAAUAUACUUCAUAUGUUCAACACCGCGGGAGCAUUCCUCUCUAUUGGACGCAGGAUAGCACCGGGGUGACACCAAAGCCACCGAUCGAACUAAAUCUCGUGGACCCCUUUUAUGGCGCCGCUGCACUGCAUUUCGAUGAUUUAUUUCGCCGAUAUGGUGCCCCUAUAUAUGUUGUUAACCUCGUCAAAUCCAAGGAACGUCAGCCCAGAGAAUCCAAGCUUCUAGAAGAGUACACGCACGCCAUCGACUAUCUCAACCAAUUCCUUCCCACACGUAAACAGAUUAUUCAUAAGGCUUGGGACAUGAGUCGUGCGUCGAAAGUCAGAGGUGGGGAUGUGAUUGGCAACUUAGAACUCAUUGCGGACUCGGUAUUAUCUGCGACCGGCUUCUUCCAAAAUGGUGACGGGCACACCAGUCCGAUGACGGCCCAGAAUGGAGUGGCGAGAACAAACUGCAUCGACUGCCUUGACAGAACUAAUGCAGCUCAAUUUGUUAUCGGAAAGCGCGCUCUAGGGCACCAACUCCAUGCUCUAGGUAUCCUGGGUAACACAACAGUCAACUACGACACAGAUGCUGUCAAUCUGUUUACACACAUGUGGCAUGAUCACGGUGACACGAUUGCGGUCCAGUACGGUGGUUCUCAGCUCGUCAACACGAUGGAGACUUACCGAAAGAUCAACCAGUGGACAAGUCAUUCGCGGGACAUGAUUGAAAGUUUUAAACGUUAUUACAACAACUCAUUCUUGGAUAGCCAGCGACAAGAGGCAUACAAUCUAUUCUUGGGCAAUUACAUCUUCUCUCAAGGCCAACCUUUGUUAUGGGAACUGACCACAGAUUAUUAUUUACACCAUACGAGCCCGAGAGAUUGGUCUAUUCCGAAGGCAUGCAACUACAUAAACUGGUACACUCCAUCUCACUUGUAUGAGAGGAAAAUUCCAAAGCUUGCAAUACUACCAGUAAUCGUUGCGAAUCUGCCUGUCGAAGUCGUCGACGACUAUUGGUUAGAAUAUUACCGGCCAGCUACUCUUUCGUCGUUUCCAAAAAUGUUCGCAUACAAGAUGAACUCUACCAUAAAAUAUAUUCCUCUCAAGUCAACCCAGGACGGUCGCUAUGAUCUCAGCCCAUUCCGGGUGCGGGCUGAGGUCGAAACAGACCCUGAUAAGCGGAAAUCGAAACGAGACCCUCGGCUUGAAACCCCUCCUCCGUCUCCUCCACUAUCCCAGUUUGACCAUGCAGCGUCACCAGUAACAACUGGGAGGACAGCUGCAAAAGGCAUGUCUUUGCAACGCUGGCUUCAGCCAGUACAGGAGAAGGUUUCUGAUCAAUGGAUCACGCCUGCGAUUCAGCUUGGCAAGAGCGAUAAUGAGAACUCAACACGUGCAAAGUCAAAGCCGAGUGCUCUUGAAAAAUCCAAAGCUGCUCAAUGGACCUUCACGAAGGCUGUCCACGAUUCACUGAAUCCGUCAGUAAGGGAACAGGAAGCAGAUGACUACGGCCGAUACAUACGCCACCCGCAGAAUCUUCCGCUUGUCGUAUCGAGUGACACGCCAGCAGAUAUGGAUUCAUCGGAGUACAAAGAAUACGUCAAUGGCAACUGGCGUGAGCAAGGUCUCAUGGUUAUUGGGGUAGACGAGGAGGUAGAUGUAUAUGGAGAACUUUUGAAAGUGGGUGAGAACCCGCUAACGGUUACUGAAGAAGAUGCGUCGAAAAAGAGAUACAAAGCAUACAGAAAAUGGCUUCAUGGCAAGUCUUUUUUUAAGCAACAGCCGCUUGAUUAA